AUGACAGUUAAUUUUGAAGCACCAAGUAGUAAUACAUUCAACAAGUUUACUUAUGAGAAGGAAGAAUUGGAUAAAAUUGAUGGAUACUAUAUGGUAGAAUCUUUUGAAGAUAAAAUUAACCUAUAUAGCAACCUGUGGAAAUACAAGAUUAGGCCAGUAAUAUACUUAACAUUAGUUGAGAAUAUGCUCAUUCAAAAAAAGAAAAAACCCAAACUUAUGAUAAUAGAACAGUUAAAGAAAUUCACCUAA